AUGGUGCCAUAUAAAGAUAAUGGUCACCUAACGCAAAAUCAAAAAAACUUUAAUAAGAUUUUAAGCAGUUCACGUGUGGUUGUAGAACAAGCUUUUGGAAAACUUAUAGGAAGAUUUCAAAAAUUAAAACAUAUGGAUGUAUACCAUAAAUCAUACUGUGGUAAGAUUAUAACCGCUGCAUGUUGUCUACACAAUAUAUGUAUGACAACUGGAGAUGACUUUGAUGCCGAGCCAUAUGUGUCUGAAAUUGCGAUAGGAGGUGAUUUACAUGAAGAUGGGACUAGAAGCGGAGUAUUAAAGCGUAAUGUAAUUUGCAAUGCAUUACAACAAAAAGAUAACGUUUAAGUAUAUAU